AUGAAGUUGAACAUCUCUUACCCAAUUAAUGGUACUCAAAAAACCAUCGAAAUUGAUGAUGAACACCGUAUUCGUGUCUUCUACGACAAGAGAGUCGGCCAAGAAGUCGAUGGUGAAGCCGUUGGUGAAGAAUUCAAAGGUUACACUUUCAAGAUUUCAGGUGGUAACGAUAAACAAGGUUUCCCAAUGAAACAAGGUGUCUUACUACCAACCAGAGUUAAAUUAUUAUUAACCAAGGAUGUUUCUUGUUACAGAGCUAGAAGAACUGGUGAAAGAAAGAGAAAGUCUGUCAGAGGUGCCAUUGUCGGUCCAGACAUGGCUGUCUUAUCUUUGGUUAUCACCAAGAAGGGUGAUGAAGAAAUCGAAGGUAUUACUGAUUCCACUGUUCCAAAGAGAUUAGGUCCUAAGAGAGCCAACAACAUUAGAAAAUUCUUCGGUUUAACCAAGGAAGAUGAUGUCCGUGACUUCGUUAUUAGAAGAGAAAUCACCAAGGGUGACAAAACCUACACUAAAGCUCCAAAGAUUCAAAGAUUAAUCACUCCUCAAAAAUUACAAAGAAAGAGAUAUCAAAGAGCUUUGAAGGUUAAGAACGCUCAAGCUCAAAGAGAAGCUGCUGCUGAAUACGCUCAAUUAUUGGCUAAGAGAUUAGCUGAAAAGAAGGCUGAAAAGGCUGAAAACAGAAAGAGAAGAGCUUCUUCUUUGAAGGCUUAA